AGAGACUCACACCGUCUCUAGGUAGCGAGCGACCAUCUGAACUCUGAAUGUUCGAGAUGCCGUUUUCUGAGGAGCAUAGAAAACUCCCAGUAGGGGUGGCCGAUCUCCUGGCGUUUUCGCAGUGUGAGCCAUCACUGGCAGUCUCUAGGUGGGCAACCAGGCAGCGCGUCAGCGGCGUUUUUUGCAUUCGGAACCCAGGCCAGCAGGCUCCUCCGUCAGCCAUUCCAACUAGAAUCGACCGGUUUUUCAGUGCAGAGCAUCCGCAGGUUGGAUAGCCUUUCGUCGCGCUUCCUUGCAGGGCGAAUCAAGAAUAGCAGCUGAGUUCAUUCGCAUCCUCGCUAUAGCGCAGCACCAUGGGAAGCGACGAUGAUGCCGGAACGGAGACUCCCACCCACGCCGUUCCUGUUUCAAGCGAAAGCCGUUCAAGCAGCUGCACCUGCACAACCCCUCCGGCCCCGCGCCGCCGCGACAGCCGCUGCACCCUGCUCCCGGCUCCGCGGCGAAUGCCCGGCAUCGUUUCAACCCGCCUUCGACGGCCACUGCGCUGACAUGUAACGCUAAAUCACAGGCGGCGGCGGAAGCGGACGAGACGCGGUACUACAGCGUGAUGUACUGCCCGCGGAAGCCGAACGCGAAGCGCAAGGGCCCGUGGUCGGACGGGCUGCUGAGCGUGAAGGGGCGCGCGUGCGCGCUGCAGAACAUGGACGCCAAGAGCGUGUCCAAGGCGCUCGUCAGCGGGUGCAAGGACCUGAAAGAGGGCUCCACGAUCGAGGUGGGCAAGUUCGAGUUGGAGGUGAUGAGUGAGGUGCCCCGGGAGCAGUUCCUCGCCGGUUCCUUCUUCAUCCCCGCCGCCGCUGCUGCCGCGGCUGCGACCCAGCCUCCCGCAGCCACCUCUCGAAUGGGCUAUUCUGCUGGCAAGGACAGGAAGCGGGCUGCGGAGAGCAGUGGAAGGAGUGGUGGGAACCCUGGCGAGGGGGUGGCGGCGAACAAGUGAGUGUGGAGAGGAGCUGCUGGGGGGUUCGGGGGAGCCCAUGUGGGGGGCUGUGAUUGAUGCAGGGAUGACCUUGGGAGUAGAGCGAGUGGCGAGACCUUCAGAGGUCUGGAGAGGGGUAAGGUGAAGCUGUAAGCAAGGUGGAGAGAUUGGGCAGUGUAGACGAGACGAGGGCGGAGAUGUGAGAGAGAGGGGACGUGAGAGGGAGAGGACGUGCGAGGUCGUGUGGAUGGGGAUUAUGAAUCAGAUGCUGUGGUGCUGCAAUUGCAUCUACUGUUUGACCUUGACGGCGCAGCUCAUUGGCAGGCCUCACUCCUUUCGUACACGUCCGCCCUCUCACGUGCAACGCAAAUUCUUGCAAGUCAAUUGGUUGCAUGGCUGGCGGGGUUCGAGCUGUGCUGUAUGCCGUGCUCUUUCUCCCUCCCCUCGUGCGGACCCAUCAGGAGAGCAGCCAGCAUGGAAAGUCGCUUGCGGCUAGGCAACGAGGAUGCAGUGUGUCUCAACCCAACCCAGAACGGAAAGGGAAUCACCAAGAUCUAUCUUGACCCUUACGUCGGCACGCGCAUGCGACCGCAUCAGGUGGAGGGCGUGCGCUUCAUGCUGGAGAGUGUGCUCGAGGUGCGCGUGCCCGGCUGCUCCGGAUGCGUGCUGGCAGACGAAAUGGGCCUUGGCAAGACUCUUCAAGUCAUAGCUCUCAUCUGGACACUUCUCAACAGGGCCCUCAGGGCCGCCCUUUCCUGCGCAAGGCGGUGGUGGUGUGCCCGUCCCUCGCUGGUCGACAACUGGGGGGCCGAGUUCCGCAAGUGGCUGGGCACGGAGAGGCUCAAGGCGCUGGUGGUCAACUCCAGCUUCACUCCCACUGAGGCGAAGUUCAAGAUAGCAGACUUCAAGCACGGCAUGGCAUGGUGUGGCCCGUGCUCAUCACCUCCUACGACCUGCUCCGCCGCCACGCCGCCCUCCUCGCCGCUGCCGCCCCGCAGCUGCUCGUGUGCGAUGAGGGGCACCGGCUCAAGAUCUGUGCGGGCAACAAGACCAUCACCGCACUGCAACAACUGGGGUGCCCUCGCAAAGUGCUGCUGACGGGCACGCCCAUCCAGAACGAUCUGAACGAGUUCUUUGCUCUGCUGGACCUGGUGAACCCGGGGUGCCUGGGCCCGCUGCCCGCCUUCCGCCGCAUCUUCGCCGACCCCAUCCAGAGGAGCUGCAACCGCAGCGCUACAGAGGAGGAGGUGCGGCUGGGGGAGGCUCGGUCGCAGGAGCUGCAGGCCAAAGCAGCGGCGUUUGUGCACAGGCGCAUGGCUGCUGUCAAUGCCGCGUACCUGCCGCCCAAAUCUGACUCAGCACUGCUUCUCUCCGCCUCGCCUGCUCUCUCCCCCUUGUGCUAGAAACGCUCUAUGUUACAGUUGGACCAUCCCCACGGUCUUUGAGCUCUAAUACAUUUCCCUCCCCUCAUCUCCCGUCUCUCCCAUCAGCUACAUUGUCUUCUGUCGACUGCAUCCGCAGCAGGCACACAAGUACUCAAUUCCUGCAGUCAACGCACGUGCGCUCUCUACUCUAUUCCCCCGUCGCCACCACCACAGCCAGCGCCCUGACGGCCAUCUGCCACCUUAGGAAGCUCUGCCUGCACCCCGCCCUCGCCGCCACUCCCAUGUCUUCCACUCCCGCUGCCCGCCGCACCCGCUCCCCCUCGCCUGCUGCCUCGGCCUCUGCUGGCUCUGGUGAUGUGGUGGAGGAGGAGGGGGGAGAUGAGGGGGAGUGGGCUGAGGGGAUGGUGGGAGAAGAGGAGGAUGCGGAGGAGGAAACUGAGGAGGGGGCAGCAGAGGGCGGAGAGGUGGGAGGAACGGGUGGCAGGAACCAGGCAGGGCAGAAACGUGGUGGCUUCAGGCGCCCAUCCAUGCUCCCCCAGCCGUCCCCAUCCGCCCCAGGCGCGCCUCUCUCGCGCACAGCAGCAGCAGCAGCAGCCUCUGCUGCGGCCCUUAAAGCCCUGGGGCCCGAUGUGUGGCGCCUGAGCGGCAAGCUGCACGUGCUGGCCUUGCUACUGCGGGCAGUGUUCGGGGAGAAGCAGGGGCGAGGGGGAGCGAGGGGAGUGCCGAGUCUAGUGUUACUGAUGGUAGCAGUAACAGCCGCGUUCAGGACAGUGGUGGCAGUGGCGGUGGUGGUGGCAGUGGGGAUAAAGUGGUGAUAGUGUCGAAUUUCACACGGGCGCUUGAUGUGAUUGAGGCCAUGUGCGCAUCCCACGGGUGGAAGACCACGCGUCUGGACGGCAGCACGGAGGCAGCGACGCGGCAGGCUCUGGUGUGUGCGUUCAACGCGGGGCGGGACGGCAGCCGCUGCUUCCUGCUCUCGUCCAAGGCGGGCGGCGCUGGCCUCAACCUUGUGGGCGCCAACCGCCUCGUGCUCUUCGACCCCGACUGGAACCCUGCCAAUGACAAACAGGCCAUGGCGCGAGUAUGGAGGGACGGGCAGAGCAAGCCUGUGGUGAUCUACCGCCUGCUGGCCACGGGCAGCAUAGAGGAGAUCUUUCAGCGGCAGCUGAUGAAGGGCGAGUUGGCCAGUGCGGUGGGCGAUGGCAGCACUCAGCAGGGCUGUGCCAGCGGUGCCGGUGGGAGAAGUGGAGGCAGCAGCAGCAGCAGCAGCAGCAGCAAGGAGGGGCGGGUCACUUCACCAAGGAGGAGCUGCGCGAGCUCUUCACUCUGGAGCAGACCACUGCCUGUGACACUUUGGACCUGCUGCUUCGCUCCAACUCACCCCUCUCGGCCAAAUGGCUCGCUGCUGCCACCACGGAUGCUGCUGCUGCUGGAUCCACCAUCACUGGCAGCGCCACCUCUAGCUCUGCUGCUGUUGUAGCCGCGAUGAGCAGUGGGGGAGGGAGACUGGCGGCUGGCAUUGCAGAUGAUCCCUUGAGAGAAGUGACUGGCAUGUGCGAGGGGGUCACAUUUGUGUACCACGAGAAAACAGGGUUCGAAGGCGGCACAGAGAAGACCAUCGUAGAGGCGCGUGCUGGCAGCAAGGGGCUUGCAAGUAAGCAGGGAGCACAACACGGCAGAGAAGGGACGGGAGGGUGCAAAGAGGAGGAGGAAAUCGAGGAAGAGGAAGGCAAUGUUGUUCCAGUGAUAAAAGCUGCUACUGGUGGGGGAGUGGUGGUGCUGUGGAGACAGGCAUGUGCACGGAGAGGGUGGGACGAGCGUACGCUAGUGAGGGCACAGGUGGCGGGGCGGCAGGGGACCUGCUGACCUUCGACACCUUGAGGGCGUGGCGGAUGACAUGAUGGAAUUGUUUGGCUCAGACGUGUUCUGAGAGUGCUGUUAGUAUGUGUGGGUUUAUAGCUAAGGUGCAUGACGGAACUUCUGUUGAUUGCCAAGAAUGCAUUACUGAACCAUGUGCAGGAGACUGAUGCUUGAAAGC